UCUAUGUUGGAACAUCAUCACUAGAAGAACUUCUUGGCAUUGAGCAAUGCUGCAUCUUCCGGGGUAGCCUCUCCAAAUUAGACAUCAAAACUGGUGCCAUUUUGUGGCAGACAUUCACUUUGCCGGACAAUCACGGCGAGAGAGGAGAGUAUGCGGGUGCAGCCAUCUUGAAGCAGCCCUUCCAUAGAUGUCCAGAGAAAUCCUGUUUAUGUUUCCACUGGUAACCUAUAUUCAGCUCCUUUGAAUAUUCAGGAAUGCCAGGAACAGCAGAAUAAUCAGACUGUCCCCACUCAACCUGACCAAUGCAUUGAGCCUGAUAACCACUCCAAUUCCAUCUUGGCAUUUGAUUUAGACUCCGGCAAGAUCAAGUGGUACAGGCAACUGGGAGGCUACGACGUGUGGUUCCUCGCAUGUAGCAAUCUUUCGACUCCAAAUUGCCCAUCUGGGCCUAACCCAGACGCUGAUUUUGGGGAGGCACCAAUGAUGCUGAGCAUAUAUCUCAAUGGAACCAUGCUAGAUAUUGUAGUGGCUGUUCAGAAAAGUGGUUUUGCAUGGGCUUUAGAUCGAUAUGAUGGCAGCCUCGUUUGGUCCACUGAGGCUGGACCUGGUGGCCUUACCGGAGGAGGCACCUGGGGGGCAGCCACGGACGGCAAGAGGGUCUACACCAACAUUGUCAAUAGCAAUGGCAAGAACUUCACUCUCAAACCAUCCGACGCAAUCACAACCGCCGGCGGAUGGGUGGCAAUGGAUGCUAACACUGGCGAAAUCCUAUGGUCCACAGCCAAUCCCAGCAAUGCCACCUCCAGUGGUCCAGUGACCAUCGCUAACGGUGUCCUCUUUGCUGGAUCAACACAUCCAACAGGGCCAAUGUACGCAAUGGAAGCCACCUCUGGAAGAAUCCUUUGGUCACACAACACUGGAGCCUCUGUGUAUGGAGGCGCCUCGGUGAGUAGCGGAUGCAUUUAUGUUGGGAGUGGAUACAGUGUCAACAUUGGAACAUUGCUUUCAUUCACAGGUGGAACUUCACUCUUUGCCUUCUGUCUCUCAUGAACCCACCCAUUUUUCAGCUGUGAAUCUACUUACCAUAUAUCCAUGA